AUGACAUCACUGCCACCCGUGUCUACACUUGUCCGGUCAUCAACAAUUUUGAAUUUGAAGCUCAGCAUUCCAUUAUCUGUAAAAUGUGUGGUGAAAUUGUGAUAAAACGGGAACAAUUCAAUGAUCUCUCCAUUGAUCUACCACGAAGAAAAAAGCUAUUAGCCUCGAGAUCCAUACAGGAUUCCCUAGAUCUCUUUUUUAGGAUGGAAGAUCUUGAAUAUUCUUGUGAAAAGUGCAAUGGAAAGUCAGCGACUGUAAUACACAAAUUCAGCAGGUUGCCCAGGGUAUUGAUUCUUCACCUGAAGCGUUACAGUUUCAAUGUGAUCCUCUCACUAAAUAACAAAGUUGGCCAG